GGCAACCAUUUUGUCCGUGUGUGUUGGUGAUGAAGGCCACUGUUGUUCUUCUCUCUCUGUGUUUUUGCGUGGACAUCGUCGUCCCUGCUGCUCACACAGGUUUAAAAUGUGGACUUGCACAGAUGUGGAGUCCGGUGGUUGAGUCUCUCAGGGUUGUUGGAGGCAGCGAGGCCACGUACGGAUCACAUCCUUGGCUGGUUUCCCUGCGGCUCAAAAACUCUCAUUUCUGUGGAGGAACCGUCCUGACUCAGCGCUGGGUCAUGACUGCAGCUCACUGCUUCACGUCCGUCUCAAGGUCUGUGCGUUCACACAUGAGCGUGGUCGUCGGGGAGUUUGACCGCAGGGUGGAGGAUGAAGAAGAGCAGGUGUUUGGGGUGAAGACCGUGUCAGUGCACGAGAUGUACCAUCACGCUUCGCCCAUGAGCUAUGACAUAGCUCUGGUCGAGCUGGACCGACACAUCCGACUGGGAGUCCAUGUGCAGCCAUUAUGUCUACCGUUACCUGAUGAGAGAGUUUUUCCUCACACCAGUUGCAUUGUGGGUGGAUGGGGAAGGAUAAAGGAAAGGGGUCGUCUUCCCGUGGUGCUCAGAGAGGUUCGUUUGGACCUGGUAGAUGCAGCCAAGUGCAACCACGUCCUCAGAACAGUCAGAGGUUCACAUCUCAACCAAAGACCAGUCCGACCUCAGACUGCCGUGACAGUUCUGUGCGCUGGGCCGGAGAGAGGCGGGAAAGACGCCUGUCAGGGCGACUCUGGAGGUCCCUUGGUGUGUCCGGCCGGGUCAGGUGGAGGCCACUGGGUGGCACUGGGCGUAACUUCCUGGGGUAAAGGAUGUGGUCGGAGCUGGGGAGACAACGGCAGCCGCCCGCCUUCCAGAAGGGGAUCACCGGGGAUCUUCACUGACGUCAGGCUGCUGCUGCCCUGGAUAAAACUUCAACUGAGGCGAGCCGACCAGAAGAAACAGGGAAACACUUUAUCAGGCCUCUGCAGCGUCACAGAUGGAUCUGUAUAUGACAACGAUGGUGUGAUCAGAAACCCCGCCCUCUCCGGUGAUCGCUAUAACAACAAUGAGUUGUGUGUGUGGAGAAUCCCUGCUCCUCCAGGUCGUAGUCUUGUGUUGGAGUUUGAGUCGUUUAACCUGGAGAACGACUCGCACUGUCGCUAUGAUCGACUCACUGUAUCAGCGGGGACCUACAGACCGGUUGGUGUUUUCUGUGGAAGUGUCUCACUCAGCUCAGUGCACCUAAGUCCUUCCCAGAAUGCAACACUUCUAUUCUCCUCUGAUGUCAGUAGAGCAGGAAGUGGCUUUGUUAUCAGACACCGUGCUGUUCAGGGAAACACUGGUCCUGAAUGUGGGACACUUGUCUUCAUUGAAGAUGAGACUGUCGUCCACAGCCCACAUUACCCACAAUCCUACAGCAAUGACUGCGUCGUGCGCUGGGUCAUCUACGCUCCCCGUGGUCACAUUGUGAAGGUGAUGCAUUAA